UUUGGUACAUGAAACUGGGACAGUUAGUAAGUCUCCUCUCACUUGUGUUCCAAGUCCCUUCCCUGCAAAGUGUACUACUACUAGUAGUUAUAUCUACACAUACUAAUAUUUAUGUGUAUAUAUCAAGAGAGAGAGAAGAAAGCAAAAGAUAAAAGAAAGGAACAAAUUAGAAGUGUAAACAAGGCAUCCUUUUUUAAGCAUCUUUUCUUAUAGCUAUAGCUAUAUAGCUCUAAAUCUUCCUCAAAGUUUGUUCCAAGAAUUCAAAAUUUGGCAAUUAUAGCCACUUUUGCUUUGUGAGUGUUUUUGAUUUUGUUGAGUUUUUGUGUUGAGCAUAUGGGUUUUUGAUCACACAGUGUGUAGUUAGGUAGAUUGGCUUUGUUGAUAAUUACAAGAUUGGAAAUGUCUUUCAAGAAUAGAGGAGGUGGAGGAGGAGUAGAAGGGAAUUCAAAAAGUUUUAUUUCUCAAAAAUGGACUCUUUUUCUUUGUAUAGCUAGUUUUUGUGCUGGAAUGUUCUUUACUGCCAGAAUGUGGACGGUUCCAGAAACAAAAGGCGGUAUUACAAGAACAACUAACGUAGAAGCUGAAAGACUCAACUUAGUUUCAGAAGGCUGCAAUACAAAAUUUUUGCAGCAGAAAGAUGUAAAAUUCGUAUCCAAAGAUGUUAUCGGGGAAGAUUCUAAGACUCAUCAUGCUCUUCAGACGUUAGACAAAACAAUUUCAAAUUUGGAAAUGGAAUUGGCAGUUGCAAAGUCAGCUCAGGAGUCGAUUCUCAGUGGUGCUCCUAUAUCAGAAGACAUUUACAAGGGCGAUUCACCUAAAAAGAGAAAAUAUUUUAUGGUGGUUGGAAUAAAUACCGCAUUUAGUAGCAGAAAAAGAAGGGAUUCAGUUCGUGCUACAUGGAUGCCACAAGGUGAGAAAAGAAAGAAACUGGAAGAAGAGAAAGGAAUCAUCAUGCGCUUUGUCAUUGGUCACGGUGCCACAUUAGGGGGCAUUCUGGACAGAGCUAUUGAAGCUGAGGACAGAAAGAACGGUGAUUUCUUGCGCUUGGAUCAUGUCGAGGGUUAUCUAGAGUUGUCUGCCAAGACAAAGACUUACUUUGCUACUGCUGUUAAGCUAUGGGAUGCAGAGUAUUAUGUCAAAGUUGACGAUGAUGUCCAUGUAAAUAUAGGUACACUGGCGGAAACACUGGCAAGGCAUCGUAAGAAGCCUCGUGUGUACAUUGGGUGCAUGAAAUCUGGCCCCGUGCUAGCUCAGAAGGGAGUAAGAUAUCAUGAGCCAGAAUAUUGGAAGUUUGGGGAGACAGGAAACAAGUAUUUUCGUCAUGCUACGGGCCAAAUAUAUGCCAUUUCAAAGGACCUGGCUUCCUACAUAUCAGUGAACCAGCAUGUACUACAUAAGUAUGCCAAUGAGGAUGUAUCGCUGGGAGCUUGGUUCAUUGGACUUGACGUGCAGCAUAUAGAUGAUCGCAGAUUAUGUUGUGGAACUCCACCAGAUUGUGAAUGGAAAGCUCAGGCAGGCAACGUCUGUGUUGCUUCAUUUGACUGGACCUGCAGCGGGAUAUGCAGGUCCGUUGACAGGUUAAAAGAGGUCCACAGGCGGUGUGGGGAAGGGGAGAAGGCUUUAUGGAAAACUGCAAUCUGAGCACAUGCCUUUCUUCCAAAGUCAGGAAGGAGAUAGCAUUGAUGCUUUAAUUCAAAAUUUCUCAUUUUAUUGCUAGGGGGAGUACAGAUAUACAUAUGAUACACACGAAGGGAGAAGUGGAUUGAGAGAAAGACAUAGCAGGGAAGAGAGGGAGGGAAGACUAAAGAAAAGAGUACCGAGGCCUAGCUGGGAAACGUUCUCCGUUUUUGUAGAGAAGAACGAUUGCCAAGCCGUUGCAAAAGAAGCAGGCAGUAGUGGCUCUCACCACUCUUUCUUGUGUUACCACCACUAGGCUAAGAUGUAAGUCAUAGUUCAUUGGAUUGUGAAAUUCUUAAUAAAUGCAAGUCAUUUUUUUGCUGUCUUUUCCCCAA